GACACCCGGCUCCUCCAUACCCUUUGUGCCUCGUUUUGUCCCUGCACUGUUAGACACAUCUAAACCCGCAUAAAUCUGAUCUUUGUAUUCAGGUCGAGUCUCGAGAAGAAGGGCUCUCUCUUAAAAAUCGCUUGUUUCUUGAGAGGAGAGCUGAGCGAAUGAAAGAUUAGAGUUGAGCCCAUAUUGAUCACCUGAAAACCCAGAUAAAAAUUAGUUCAGAAUAUUUACUCGCGGCAGAGCCACCGUAGAGAGAGGGUGAAUCCAUGGCAGCUACGACGGGAGGGAGGUCGCUGGAGCAGACGCCGACAUGGGCGGUCGCCGUCGUCUGCUUCGUUCUGGUUCUGGUUUCCAUCAUCAUCGAGUACAUCAUCCAUCUCAUCGGACAGUGGCUGAAGAAGAAACACAAGCGCGCACUCUACGAAGCGCUUGAGAAGAUCAAAUCCGAGCUUAUGCUGUUGGGAUUCAUAUCGUUGCUCCUCACGGUGGGACAAGGCCCGAUCACCAACAUCUGCAUACCGAAGAAGGUGGGGGCAACAUGGCACCCGUGCAACAAGAAGGAAGAUGAGCUGCUCGACGAAGAAUCUGACCACAGCCGGCGGAGGCUGCUCGCCAUGGCGGGCUCUGGGGGAAGCUCCCGCCGUGUUCUGGCGGCCGCCACCACAGACAAUUGCGCGGCUAAGGGUAAAGUUCCGUUUAUUUCUGCAGAUGGGAUCCACCAGCUCCACAUCUUCAUCUUCGUCCUCGCUGUUUUUCACGUCCUGUACUGUGUCCUCACCAUGGCUUUGGGCCGAGCCAAGAUGAGAAGCUGGAAAGCAUGGGAGAAGGAAACAAGAACAGCUGAGUACCAGUUCUCCCAUGAUCCGCAUAGGUUUAGAUUCACUAGAGAAACAUCAUUCGGGAGGAGGCACUUGAACUUCUGGACCAAGACACCCGUCCUCAUCUGGAUCGUCUGCUUCUUCAGGCAAUUCGUGAGGUCGGUCCCUAAAGUCGAUUACUUGACUUUGAGGCAUGGUUUUAUCAUGGCACAUUUGGCACCUCAGAGCCAGACCAACUUCGAUUUCCAAAAGUACAUCAACAGAUCCCUGGAGGAGGAUUUCAAGGUUGUGGUAGGAAUCAGUCCACCCAUCUGGUUUUUCGCUGUGUUGUUCUUGCUCUUCAACACGCAUGGGUGGUACUCUUAUCUGUGGUUACCGUUCAUCCCGCUGAUUAUCAUCCUUUUGGUGGGAACAAAGUUGCAGGUGAUUAUCACGAAAAUGGGUCUCAGAAUUCACGAGAGGGGUGAAGUUGUUAAGGGUGUGCCGGUUGUUCAGCCGGGGGACGACCUUUUCUGGUUCAACCGUCCGCGCCUCAUCCUCUACCUCAUCAACUUUGUUCUGUUUCAGAACGCCUUCCAGCUCGCUUUCUUUGCUUGGACUUGGUAUGAGUUUGGGUUGAAAUCUUGUUUCCAUAAACAUACAGACGAUGUGGUGAUCAGAAUCUCCAUGGGGGUCCUGAUUCAGAUCCUAUGCAGCUAUGUCACUCUCCCUCUUUAUGCCCUUGUAACUCAGAUGGGGUCGACCAUGAAACCGACGAUAUUCAACGAUCGAGUCGCGGCAGCGCUGCGCAACUGGCACCACUCCGCCAAGAAGCACAUCAAGCAGAACAAGAGCUCCGUGACCCCCAUGUCGAGCAGGCCGACGACCCCUUCGCACCACAUGUCGCCCGUGCAUCUCCUGCGCCACUACAGGAGCGAGCAGGAUAGCUUCUACACGUCGCCUCGGAGGUCGAACUUCGAGGCCGAGCACUUGGAAACCGACUCCCCAUCCCCCACCCAUCCCCAUCACCACCAAGGCGAUGGCUCAUCAUCUCACCAUCACCCCGGGGUGGAACACGGUCACGUCGGACCCGAGACAGAUCCGCAAGCGGCACCAGCUCCUGAGCCAGCCCGGACUCAACAUGAAAUCAAUAUUGGGCUGCAGGAUUUUUCAUUCGAAAAGAGAACGAGUUCCGAGUGAGCGGAUCCAGGGUCGCGAUCUCGGCACAGUUACUUGCUUGACGAUGGUGCGGAUCAUUAGGAGAAAGGAGAGAUGAGCCACAGACUUUGCAUCCCCUCGUACAUAAGUGAGAGAAACAGAGAAUAUCUUCUAACCUGGAAAGGAAGACGCCAGCUUUUGUAUUCUUUCUAUUUCUUCCCAUUUUUUGCACUUGUUUCUUCGAGAACAUCAGUUUGAUAGUUUCCCCAUGUUCAAUUCCAGUCCUUUUCCUUGUGAUAUUCUCAA